AAUGGAUAGAGUUAAAAAUAGUGGUUAAAAUGGUAUGAUGUUUGAUGUGUUGAAAAAUAUUGGAACCUUCUGGCUGGUGUAAACAUCAUGGCGGGUGACAGUGAGAAGCCUCUGGAUGAAAGCAAGAGUUAUAUGGGUAUACCUGAGGCCCAGUUUGUGGAAGAUGUCGACACAUUUAUGAAGAAAGAGGAUAAUGCAAAUGCACAAGAUGUUAUUAAGCGCUUAGAUGAGCAACUGAACAAAUACAAGUUUAUGGAAGUUCAUCUACAAGCAAGACGUAAAAAGUUAAAAUCUCAGAUUCCUGACAUCAAGAGUUCUCUACAAAUAGUGAAAGAAAUGAAGACCAGGAAGGACACAGCAGAAGUCAUUGAGACUCGGUUUCUACUCUCAGAUCAAGUGUACAUGAAAGCUAGCAUCCCACCUACAGAUCGGGUUUGCCUUUGGCUAGGGGCUAAUGUGAUGUUGGAGUAUGGCUUGGAGGAUGCUGAAGGUCUUUUAUCCAAAAAUUUGGGAAAUGCCACGAAGAAUCUAACUCAAGUGGAGCAUGAUCUUGAUUUUUUGAGAAAUCAAUGCACAACAACAGAAGUGACGAUGGCCCGUAUUUACAAUUGGGAUGUCAAGAGGCGACGAGCAGAAAAAGCAGCAGCAGAAGACAAGUCCAAAGGAAGAGGGAGAGGAAAGGGAAAAGACUACAGUUUUGAAUAAUGGAAUUAUGAUUUGAUGUUUUUCGUUAUCUUUUAACUUCAUUUUUUCCCCCUAACCUUGUUAUCUGGUGUAAAUCAUCAGAAUGGAUCAGGGUAUGAACAAGUGACUGCAUAUAAUACUAUAUUAAAUUAAGAUUCUAAAGUAAACUGAGAACUGUAUUGCCUUACUUUUUAUUUUCAUUGAUAUCAAAUUCAGUACUAUUAUUAACAUUUUAAGUGUUUUAAUCAGUUCAUUCCCAUGUCAUGAGGUAUAUUUUUAAUUAAAAGUUACUCCCCAAAAUUUACUUAAGGUAUUCCUUGACGCAUUUGAAAUUUCAUCUGAUAUUCACUUUGCUACAUGCUUUUAACUUUGCUCAAGUGAUAUUGUUGCCAGAUAAUUUUCGUUUAAUGGGUUCACACUAAAGAUGUUGACAUUAAUAAAAUUGUUGGCAAUUGGUUUUCAGAAUUUCUGACACUGCUUUAUGCUAAUAUCACUUUUUCUGGCCUUCAAAUUUAUGAAACCUGCAUAAUUUUGAAGCUGCCUAUGAGCAUGCUAGUCUUAUAUAUUACUUAAGUUAGGACCAGAUUAUCUGAUGAGUAUUGGUGAAUGGCAUAAGCUUUUCCAAGGUAGAUAAGGUAUUGUACAUUGAAUCUUGUAGUAUUGAACAGACAGGUGUGUAGGUUCAACCCUUCUUGAUCCACCCUCUCCUAACUUGUUACCUUUAUUUUUUUGUGUAGUUUGAAACUUAAUUUUAAGGUUUCGUUUAUAUAGAAAUGUGUAUCGAAGAUUGAGGUGUGAACCAGUGGACAUAUUCUCUAAGACCUCAUUUUUAAAUAUUAUUUUAUAUAUUAGAAUGGGAAGACUAAUGUGAUGCCAUGUCACUUCAUGUUAAAAGAAAUCACAAGAACAACAACAUAAUUUAUGGCCUUACUUAGUUUGUAGGAAUUAAAUUUUUCAUAGCACAAACCAGUUGAAGGAGAGGUGCAAUUUUCAUAACUAUAAUCUUGGUACUUUUGCUUUAAUUUUCCCUCUGUGAUGUUUAACGAAGUACACGAUACUAAUCCCUGUUUAUUCAUUACAAAAUUUAGCAUCAUACCAUACUACUACUAUAAUUCAAAAAUGUGAUUUUGUAAAAAAGUGCAUUUUAUUUUAAUCAUUUGAGAUUAAUUGGAUGUGUUUUUGAGCAAAAGUAAUUCUGCUUGUCUCAAUAAAUAGAAUACUAAA